AUGUUUAGAAAGACCAUAAUACGGUUUGCUUCAUCGAUUCCUGAUAUAUCAGAGACUAUAGCUACUAGAAAUCUACUCCAAGGGACUGGAAAUGGUCCUUUCAUUGAACUACCCCAUUUUUCACCAAUUGGAAAUCCUACAAAUUUAUUAAAUGUUAAAUUACCUCAAUCAUCAAAUUUAAAUAUACGAUUAGGUUCAUUAAUUGCAGUCAAUGGAGAUUUGAAACAUCUUUCUACGGUUAAUAGGAAAUUGAGUGAAUCGACAUAUUUCCAAAUUUUACAAUGUCAAGAAGCUACAAGUUUAAUUAUUGGAGGAAAAUUGAAACCUAAUAGACAGAAUCAUUAUAAGUUAAUUGAUAUUGAUUAUAGAGAUCAAUGGAUGGUUUAUAAUGACGAGAACUUAAUUGCCUGGACUGGUUAUAAUUUUGAAUUGAAUAAAUUUGAGUUUCUUGAUAGGUGGUCAAGUUUCAAAACUUCGGGUAAAGGUAUAAUAUUGGUAAAUGAUGGUAAUGAAAUUAUGGAACUAGAUGUUUUGGAAGGUGAAAAAGUGAUAGUCGAUACCAAUAGUUUAAUUGCAUCAAAUAAUUUACCAUCAAGGUUUUCUAUAUUGAAAAAUGAUAGUAAACUUCCUCCAUUACCAAAAAUUUCAUGGCCCUUCACCGCUCCUCAAUUCUUAAAGAGAUUUAAUAAUUACUUGGCUAUUCAAACAAAGAAAACCAUUGAAAAUAUGGGAUUAUCUUCAACUGUAGGUGACAUUAAUUUCGUAAUGAGAAGGAUAAAGUAUUUUUUCCAAAAUGGAUUAUUGUUUCUUCAAUUGAACGUUAUAAAUAAAUUAUUCAGAAAAUCUAUUAUGAUAGAAUUUCAAGGUCCUUGUAAAGUUCUUACCAGUUCCAAUGCAACCGCUCCCAAUGGGAAAAACUUUACUAAAGAGGAAAUCAAUAAGAUCUUUAAUCAGUGA